ACUUGCAUUUUGUGGUGUUCAUCAUCUCAAGGCCUGUAAAAGAAUCAUUUUGUUGUGUUGUUUUAGUAUCAAGAGGAGAGCUCAAUAUCAAAAGCAGAGAUCAUGAAGCCAUUGAUCUUCAAAGCUGGUAUUCCUCUUGCUUUAUCUGUGGCUGCUUUUGUAUAUGCCAGGAUUGUGGCUAGGAGAAGUGUUUUCAAAGACACCAUGUUAGAAAACACUAAGGUGAAUUCCCUAGAGAUUGGUUCUCAAUUUGGAAGUGAGAAGAGUUUUCAUAGCCUAAGUUCUACACGUUUGCCUUCUGUUGAAUGUAAUGAACCAUUAGUUAUUGAAACCAAUUCCAUGGAAAGUUCAGAAACUCAAAAUAAACCUGAUUUGGAAGAAGAGAUUUUAGGCCUAAAAAGCCGACUAGAUGAUUUGCGAAAUAUAGAAGAGGAACUAGAGAUGAAGUUCAUUAGGUACAACAACAUGAAAGAGCAAGAAUCUGUGCUUAUGCAUCUUACGAACAUGUUGUUACUGGAGAUGGCUCAAAUUGAGUUCUUGGAUAGGGAAACUUCCUUAAUAGAGGAUGAGAGCCGAAGGCUUGAGAAGUUGUUGGUUGAAUCUUUGAGACUUUUGGAGCAGCUUGAGUAUUGGAAAUCAGAAAAUGGAUUGCUUCAACGAAAGGUAAAGAGGCUUUUGAGGAUUAAGAAAGUGCAAUCUAGCCUCAUAAAAGAGAAGGAACUGAAGAUUAAAGCUAGAGAAAGAGAACUUUUGAAAACUCAGGAGGAAUUAGAAACUAGAACUAGUCUAAUCAAGGAAUUGGAAGAUGAAGUUAGAGAGCUGAGGAUGGUUUUGCAUCAAAUGCAAGAAGACAAGAAUGAGCUUAUGCAAAAGUUGGUUUUGGAAGAAACUUUCACCUCAUCAUUAUCCAAGAUUGCAGAAAACAAAGGAGUUUUGAGUGAACUCGAGCAGCUAAAGAAGGAUCGAGCAACCGAAGUAGAGGAGAUAAUUUACUUGAGAUGGAGUAAUGCUUGCUUAAGGCACGAGUUGAUGAAGAAUCAAACACAAUAUCAAGACAAAAAUCAGAACAAAUAUCAGUGGGAGCUUGAUAUUCAAGGAAAUCUAGAGAUGGGAAAUUCUGGGUUGGAGCAAGAAUUGGCUAGUAUGGUUUUGGGACACAGUGAGAAUGGAUUUGGUGAGCAAGCCUCUACUUGUUCUAAAAGAAAGAAGUUAGUUCAGAAGCUUAAGAAAUGGGUUGAAGGGAGUGAGAAGGGAAAAAGAAAACUAGAUGAGAAAGUAAGGCAUGAAAUUAAGUGCUUUGGAAGGCACUCUGUUUCAGAUGAUAAAGAAGAACAUCUUCAAGGAAGGAGAUCUUGCUCCAGUGCAUGACAAUACAGCUAAAGAUGGAGAUUUUUAUUUUUUCAGUAAUCUCAAGAUGGAUUUUGAAACAAAAUAAACUAGUAAUAAUACGGCAUUCAGUCAGAAAAAAUGUACAAUUAAAGGCUGGAAAAUCCAUUUGUAUCAGCAUAUUCUUCUAAUUCUUGAUGAACAAUAAUAUAUACAUAUAAAUAUAUAUGUAUGU